UAAAGUUCACACCAGUACGCCUCUCUAUAUAAAUCGACUCCGACGCAGAGUCUUUUUUACGUUUCAAUCUCAACAACUUCAUUCAGUAAGCAAAAUUUAAGGAAAAAAAUGUCUAAAAUUACUAUUGUAUUCGUAAUAGCACUCCUCUUUUUCUUCACUCUCUCAUCCGAUGCACGCCCCGAUCCAGCAGUGAAAAUCCAGUACGAGGUUGGUAAGACACAGACACAGCAUGUUGAUGUGGAAGAAAGCUGCAAGGGCGUUGGUGAAGAAGAAUGUUUGAUGAGAAGGACCCUGGCUGCUCAUCUUGACUAUAUCUAUACCCAGAAUCAUAAGCCAUAGAUUUUCAAUGUUCUUUUCCUUUUCCUUAUCAGCUGUAAGCUUGUAGAAAGUACAAUCUGUGUCUGAACAGUUGCAGAACGUGCUACUGAUAAAGUAUAUCUAUUAUGAAAAUGGUGACUGCGUAUCUAAUUUGAUUCUGUUUUUUAUGUUUUAGUUGAA